AUGCCUCGUGGAAAGAGCUCCCUUUGCGAGUCAACACAGAGACAAGCCAGCACUGCUAACGACGAAGCCCUCUUGGACAUAUUUUUCUUCGACCCCAAAAGACCUCUAGGCGACGCACACCAUGUUCGUUCGGCCCUGGCCUACGAGCCGACAGCUGAAGACGUCUUCCUCGUCAGCUACCCAAAAUGCGGAUCAACGUGGCUGAUGAACAUCCUCUACAACAUCCUCAACGAUCGCCCGCCUCCGACCAACUUUGCGGACUGGUCUAGGGAGCUGCCCUUGCUGGAGUUCCAGGGCGCAGAGUCUGUAAGAGAAAUGCCCAGGCCCGGAGUCAUCAGAUCCCACCUGCCUUUCUACAUCAAACCGGUCUCAGAGGACGCGAGGUACAUCUACAUCUGCAGGAACCCGUUCGACUGCUGCGUGUCCUUUUUCUACCACUGCAAGAGCUUUCCGAGGUACAAGUUUCAAGACGGAACUUUCGACGAGUUUUUCGAAAUGUUCAUGACCGGAAAGUUAGAUUUUGGUGACUACUUUGAUCACCUGCAGUCCGGCUACGAGCACCGAAAUAACAAAAACGUGCUCUUUGUGACUUACGAAAAUCUUCGGAAGGACGUUGCCGCGGGAGUGCUGAUGAUAGCCGAUUUUCUGGGCGAAGAGCACGGUAGAAACCUGCGGGAGGAUAAAGGACGCCUUGACAGGGUACUGCUCGCGACGAGUGUGAAAACGAUGCAAGAACGCAUGAAUGGACUGUUCAAGGCGUUUCAGAGGGACGAAAAAAAAUAUAUGGGUGAGACAACUGUACAAAUCAGCGAGGACCUGCUUGGGAAACAGCCAGAAGCCAGUGGCUUUGUGAGGAAAGGAGCGGUUGGAGACUGGAGGAACCACUUCUCCGCUGACCAGGCGGAACGUCUCAAGAAGAAAUUUGCAUCUAAGACUGCUGGUAGCGGCACGGCAAACUUGUGGAAAAACGUUGACAUUCCCCUAUAGGCCCGUGUGUCUAACUAGGCCGCGGAGCACGAUUACAUUAGAAUGACGAAUUAGUCAAGACCAUAUGUAAUCGCACUCCAAAGAUCCGGAAAUCCCCACAGGGUAGAUUGCAUCAUGAUGCAUUGGGAGCAAUAACCAUUGGUUUAUUUUUGUCAGUUCACACCCAACGGUAACAAAGAUCUGUAUUAUUGUGCGCGUGAAGUGGCAACCUGAGUAAAGAAAUGUUAAACACUGAG